AUGGAUCGGUCGCGUCUGUACAAAAAUAAGAGUAAAGACAACGAAGUACGCUUAAUCAUCUUUUACUCUUCUCAUUUUACAGGAGUUACGAAGACGGAGGAUUGAUCAGUCCGUAGAAUUACGGAAAGCCAAAAAAGAUGAACAACUGCAAAAGAGGCGUAACGUUUUGGAAGGUGUUGACGAAACAUCUCCCCUGAAAGAAAAGCAGGUAUGAUGGUAGUUUGCUCUCACGAAGUAGACCCCCGGCACGGAAGUAAUUAAUUACGAUAAAAUCAUAUCAGAGAUGGGGAGCAGAAAUCAGGAAGUCCAACUCCAAGCUAUCCAGACCUGCCGUAAAACGUUGUCACGCGCAAAGAAUCCGCCGAUCGACGAGUUCUUUGGCCGUGGUGUUGUCAGUCUGCUCACAGCGGCCCUUGAUGCAAAAUCGUUAGUCAAGUCCUUUUUUAACGACUGCCGUCUUCAGUGACUCAAUUGUUUUCGAGGCUGCUUGGGCCCUAACCAACAUUGCCUCGGGGGAGUCGCACCAUACACAGGGUGUCGUCGACAGUGGAGCCUCUCCAAAGCUGAUAAACCUUCUGUCUCAUAAGGACAUACGGAUAGCUGAACAGUGCAUCUGGGCCCUUGGGAACAUCGCCGGCGAUGGUACCUCUCAAAGAGACAUGCUCAUUCGCAUGGGCGUUGUGGAGCCCACUUUGCGGUGGGUUGCAAUUUCCCUUUGUCUUGAUCUGAACCUUCUUAUGUACUUACCUACUAAGUCAACCUGUCAGGUUUGUGCUUGCUACUUUUACCUGCCGGCGUUAUGCCUACCUGAACUGGCCAGGGACUGCACAAGCGCACUGUCGAAUUGAUUUCCUUUUGCAUGGUCACCAUCACAAUCUAUAGCACUAACAGCUUAUAAUUCGAUACAGCCGUGUCUGACAGUUGCUGGUCCUCAUUUUACAGUGUGCAGUUGAGUUCGACGUAAUGAUUAAGUUCUAGAAACUGAUGAAAUACGUUUUGAGGCGAAGCCUUGAGGUCGGUGCUCACAAGCACCGAACUAAGCUGAAAAUUACUAUAAUAGCCCUGAGUUUUUCGCGUAAAUCUACUUUCCCAUUAAUGACCCCAAGUUAUUACCCUUUGGGAAACCAACUGUGAUGAAGCGGUAUACUUAUACGAUCUGUAAAACCUUCCAUUCCAAUAGUACCUUCGCACAAUUAGUGUUCCCGUCUUUAUCUCCUAGACAGCACAUUUUGGACGUAUGUCGGUACGCUCAGACGGUGGAAAAGUCGAAUGUUUGUAGACUUAGUGCUUAUAUUGGAGUUCUGCAGUAAUCAGAUAAACCCACCAAGGCCUGAAGCAAAGGCGUGAGCGAUUUUCUCUUUCCUGCUGUACCGCAAUAGCGAUUUCGGAUUUUAAUCCCACUAAUGCACUUAGGAUAGACAUACUACUGUAGACUUUGAUUUACCGAUGAAACACGUUGUGGAGUAACUGCCAUGGUUUCCUGCCCUUGCAAUUUGUGUCUACUACAUGCCUGCGUUAUGCCUUGGUGCAUACACGUGAAAUACCGCGCUAUUAUAGCCUUAUGAAAAGUGGCCACUGCGACCCGCUCUAGAAGUUCUAGGACUUGGCUUCCCCAUGAUUUUCUAUAUCAUGUCCGAAGCCUUUCGCGGUUAUUUCGCUAUGAUAUCAGCUGCGGACUUGUCAGUAAGUUUUGAGAACGUGCCGAGCAGGCUUGCCGCCACGUAUUUUUGUCGUUCUUCACCUGCCGCUUCUGUGGCUGGGCUCACGACAAGCGUAUAAUCGAUUUCUUCAUACCACUUUAGAGACGCUUAGCUACUUUCGGAACUAGCUUGUAAUUUAUAACUGGCCUUUAUAAGGUCAGCAGUCUUUCGAAGGCGUCUGUUCAGACCACGAUUUGCAGGGCAAAUUCCAGCGUAUCUUACCAGAAGUUCUGAACCCUUGGCAUCCUGUGGAGGUUUUCACGUUACCCUGCAGACCAUCCAUCCGUUUAGGUUCUGGGGACUGCUACUCGGCAUUCCACCCUUUCUCGAUCCGGUUCAGCGAGUUUUAUAAAGUAGGCUGUAACCAGUUGAUUUUAACGGACACUUGGUACACUAAGUGCUGUAGUGCUAAGGGCAGUAGUGUUCCCCCACUUCCAUAGGUGUCUUGGCAAAAGGAACAUCAAGUCUAAAUACAACAGGUCGAUUGUCACAGACAAAGAAGUCUGCCAUGUGUCCCACAUACUUGGGUGUGGAUUAGUUUGGCGUGGGACGGGAUUACGUAGCAUCCACCACACACUUUCUUUACACCUCCGGUGGCAAGGUAAAGUCAGGACGACAGAAGGCGUUCGCAGGCGUGGUAGAUAACAAAGCUGAAGGGCUCGUUUAUGCGUGGUUCACACGGCCCGGCCUCGCAAUGCGUGUCAGACUUGCGGGGGCGGCUGGGAUCUCAUCAGAGUGCCAUAAACACCUCGUGAGAAAGGAGCUAUUGCAUCAGGAUUCACAGUCAUGAGAAGGACCGAGUUGUUCCGUUAUUUGGCAACUGCCCAAGCCACGAUUCGACGCAUCGUGGUGAAUCCAGAUGCGUACGACUUAUUAUAGUUCAGAACACACAGAGAUGUACUAUGAGGACGGAUUUCCAUGUGUCGGCCUCACCCCUAUUCCAUGCAUCAGUCCAUUGUCCCAGCUGGUCAACCAGCGAGUUAGAGAGCUUUGACGAGGUGGCCGACGUAGCGUAAAGGCGUACGCCAAGGGCGUGCCACACGCCUAUAGGGUAGUAAUUAUGGACUAGCGUGGACUCGGCGCAGCCCGAGAGACGCGGGUCACGAGCCAGUAUGGACCCCGUUCUGACCCUGCGCAUCUUCAGCACAGCCCAUUGUGAGAACCAUACGUACUCAUCGUAGGCUGUCGAAGUUAUUGGUAUGGCUGUCAAAUUGCUGGUUAUUCUCUCACACUUAUUUUUGUUUUCACAGCCUCCUCGACCGGGCGUGGGGCAGCCCCGGUGUUGUUGCAAACAUAGCGUGGAUGCUAUCCAACUUAUGUCGCAAUAAAAACCCACACCCUCCUCGCGAAACUAUACAAAGGCUUCUUCCGGUUCUAAACAAAUUGCUGGGAUACUCCCAAAGCGUUGAUGUCGUUAUUGAUGCUGCAUGGGCAUUAUCCUAUGCGAGUGACUCUGCAAAUGAUUUUAUCAAUGACAUUCUCGCUAGCAACUGCGUUCCACCUCUAAUUAAGUUGCUGGGGUCUGGUACGGUAAGUCUGAAAGCGUUUCGAUAAUCACAAGUAAUCCUUUGCCAGUUUGCAUUUUUAGUUUGGGUAUGUUUCUACGUAAGCCUUCGGGCUCAUGUGGCUUUCCAGUUUUCUUCGGACUUAGCCCUCAUGUAGUAGUUUACAGUUUCAAGUUCAGUUUAUUUUGUGAUCAGUAGUUUAGCAUUGGUAGUUCAAUCUUGACAAUUUGCCUCCAGAGUUCAUUUCUAUCGUACUGGAUUCGAGUGCGGUGAUAUUUUAAAAUUUUCCAGACCAAUCGCGUUCUUUUUCCGGAGGAGUCUGCUCAUAAUUGUUGAGUUUUCAUCCAUCUUUGUCGCAAAAUGUUUGCCAUUACUUGUCUCUAUUAUCAUCGACACUAUUUAAUAUUGAACAGCCCGGCUUGAUAUCACCGGCUCUACGUGCAAUCGGAAAUCUGGUUUUGGGUGACGAUGACCAGACCCAAGCAAUCGUUGAUGCGGGAGUUCUGGCAUACAUGCCUAAUCUUCUCAAUUCAGACAGAUCGAGCAUCAUUAAAGAGUCCUGCUGGAUGUUAAGUAACAUCACUGCGGGUAACAUUCCUCAAAUACAGUCAGUGAUCGACGCAAAAAUUGUCCCACGUGUUUUAGAACUUAUGCUCAAGGUAAGGCCCUUGUUCUACAUUUAAUUUCCAAACCGGUGGUCUGCUUGUUAGCCGAAUACCUAAACUUUUUUUCCUUUAGGAAGAGUUCAAGAUCCAAAAAGAGGCCUGUUGGGUCAUAAGUAAUAUGAUUAACGGCGGCUCUCCUGAGCAACGGGCAUACCUCUUAAACCAAAAUGUGUUGGCCGCUUUAAGCAAGCUCCUGACGGUUGCUGAUGUUCGUGUCCUUGUCCUGGUGCUUGAGGCUGUCCGGCGGUUGUUUGAGGUAAGUCUUCGCACACUUUUAUCAAAUGAAAUUAUAAUCUAGAAUGAGUGCCUUUCUGGUAUUGUAUAAUGUUCCGGUAGUUCGUUCCCUGUACACAUCUCAACCUCUACUGCUUAUCUAGUCCCCCAAAGUAGAAAGUUUCACAAGCAAUCUAGUUACUAUGACUUCAUUUCAAGCCCUGCUUUACUAUUGGUUUGGACUGUUACAGGAAUAACUCGAUUUUUUUCUCCUGUAACAGACAGCAAACGAGUUUGGGCAACUCGAGCAGUGCUGCCUGUCCCUGGAGGCCUGUGGUGGUUUGGACUCUCUUGAACAACUCCAAGACCACAGCAACGAACAGGUUUACCAGGCGGCCUACGACAUGAUCGUGACCUUCUUCAACGACGCAGUAAGUAUAUUCAUUGAAAGGUUUCAUUGGGACAUCUUCCUAUGUACCCAGUAAAGACUGUUUAAAUAUUGAAGUGAAUUUAUGUACCAAUCUUCAGACUAGAACUAGGUGAUGAGUACGACCCCGCUUCCGCGUUGUAUAUUUCGCUUUCUGACUCUUCAAAACCACUCAGCACAGCUUGAUCCAUCAUUUGCGGACAUCGGUCUGCCGUUUAAUGGCUUUUGUUUAAAGAAAAACCAAUCAUACUGACAUUUCUGGUUUUCAGGGCAACUCCACUACAGAAGCGCCCGAAGGCGAGGAGCCAAAUGCCCCAAACGACUCUCAGGAGUUUCAUUUUGUUCCGCAGCCUACACAGACCGGCUCUACAGAUUUCGAGUUUUAA